UGUUCUGUUCCACAGAUCUCGCGAUAGCUUCUCAUCAGUGGCGGCUGAGUGGCCCCCUGUCUCAGUACGGAGCGAGUUGUUUCGGACGUUUGAAUGAAAAACAUUGCAAAUUACCUCCCGUUUGGACCCAGGAAAUAAUGGCUUCAGCAUUGGAGCAGUUUGUGAACAAUGUGCGGCAGCUCUCCGCUCAAGGUCAGAUGACUCAGCUGUGUGAGUUGAUCAACAAGAGUGGGGAGCUGCUGGCCAAAAAUCUAUCCCACCUGGACACGGUGCUGGGGGCUUUGGACAUCCAGGAGCACUCCCUUGGCGUGCUGGCUGUGUUAUUCGUAAAGUUCUCCAUGCCAAACAUCCCAGACUUUGAGACGCUCUUCUCCCAAGUUCAGCUUUUCAUCAGUACCUGCAACGGGGAACACAUUAGAUAUGCAACAGACACUUUUGCUGGUCUCUGCCACCAGCUGACGAAUGCCCUCGUAGAGCGAAAACAGCCGUUGAGGGGCGUGGUCAUCCUGAAGCAGGCAAUAGACAAAAUGCAGAUGAACACAAACCAACUUACCUCAGUUCAUGCAGACCUGUGUCAGCUGUGCUUGUUAGCGAAGUGUUUCAAACCCGCCCUGCCCUUCUUGGAGGUGGACAUGAUGGACAUCUGCAAGGAGAAUGGCGCGUAUGACGCAAAGCACUUUUUAUGUUACUACUACUAUGGUGGCAUGAUCUACACGGGCCUGAAAAACUUUGAAAGAGCACUGUAUUUUUAUGAACAGGCAAUAACCACUCCAGCCAUGGCAGUGAGCCACAUCAUGUUGGAAGCUUAUAAGAAAUACAUCCUGGUGUCGCUCAUCCUCCAUGGCAAAGUGCAGCAGCUGCCCAAAUACACCUCACAGAUCGUAGCGAGGUUCAUCAAGCCCCUGAGCAACGCGUACCACGAGUUGGCUCAGGUGUACGCCACCAACAACCCAGCUGAGCUCUGCAGCCUGGUCAACAAGCGCAGUGAAACCUUCACGCAAGACAACAACACGGGCCUGGUGAAACAGUGCCUCUCCUCCCUCUACAAGAAGAACAUACAGAGGCUAACAAAGACCUUUCUCACGUUGUCUUUGCAAGACAUGGCGAGUCGAGUGCAGCUUUCAGGUCCCCAGGAAGCAGAGAAAUACGUCUUACACAUGAUUGAAGAUGGUGAAAUCUACGCUAGCAUUAACCAAAAAGAUGGCAUGGUCUGCUUCCACGACAACCCCGAAAAAUACAACAACCCUGCAAUGCUCCACAAAAUAGACCAAGAGAUGUUGAAAUGUAUAGAGCUGGACGAGAAACUAAAGUCUAUGGAUCAAGAAAUUACAGUAAACCCACAGUUUGUGCAGAAGACAGAGCAGACUCGCGGAGGAGGCGUAAAGCCAGGGGACGGUAGCAGGGACGCUGAUGCCGGGUCUUCACAGAGUAUGGGUUCGCAAGAGGACGACGUUGGUAGCAAAACAUCGAGUUAUUCAUGAGGGGCCUUGGACAGGGAAGGAACGCUGCAGCCACCCGACAUGUUCUUCCCAGGAGGAGUGAGAAUUUUUUUAAAGAGGAGGAAAACAAACAUUCUGUUGCAUAAGGACAUUGGUUGAGGAAAAUCUAAUUGUGUGGAAUAAUGAUGAAUUUGGUUAUUCUUACUUCACCGUGUCUUAAGGAUAACAACCAUCCUUACAGAAAAAGGAAAAAAUAGCAGCUUUGUCAGUGUUUUAUUUAUCAAUGUUCAGGUUGGAGCACCACUGCUACAUUGACAGAAACCACAACAAUAAAACUGGACUUCUCUGUUCCAAACAUAUGUGUGAAUAUUCUCACUUGUUUGUUUUUGGUUCUGCAUGAUGGCCGUGGCUGGAGGGCAUUACAUAUGAGUCAAAACAUCUAUGGGUGACGAGGGAUAAAUAUGGUUAUAGUCUACAUUUGUAAAGAAUUAUUUUCUCUCCUCGGCUAGAAUGUAAAUACCAAUUGCAAAACUGUACAAAUGGACAUGCCCUUGACUGAUCUGGGUGCUGUGAGAAAGUCGAACACGAUCUGGUGCACCUUUUUGUUUUUCUUGCUUUGUUUUUAGGUCGGAUCCACUAGAGGGCGCCAGUGCACUGUACAUGAACUCGGCGGCUUGUUACAGGCGGUGAAGUCGAACCAAACUGUCAUGUAAUAUGGGUUCCCGCGCAUUGUGGAUCUGUUAAUAAAUUGUUUAAGAACAUUUUA